AUGCACACAGAGUGCAAACCCCACGUAACACCGGCAAUCCUGAUUGGUCGAUUAAAAAAUAAUCUUUAUUAUUAUUGGGUUUUGGUUUGGGGGUUGGGGGGUUGGGUUGGGUUGGUGUGGUUGUGGGUGGGGUGUUGGUGGGGGGGUUUUUGUUGUGGUUUGUGUGGGGUUGGUGGUGGUGUGGUUGUUUGUUGUGGGUGUGGGGUGGGGGGGGGGGGGGGUGUGGUUGUUUGUGGUGGGGGUGUGGGGUGGUGUGUUUUUUGGGUUUGGGGUUGUGGGUGGUGGGUGGGGUGGGUGUUGUGGGUGGUGGUGUGGGGUGUGGGGGUGUUGUUGGUGGGGGGGUGGGGGAGGGGGGUGUUGUGUGUGGUGUUGGGGUGUGGGGUUGUGGGGGGUGUUGGUUUUGGGGGGGGGUUGGGGGGGGGUUUAUGGGUGUGGUUGGGGGGGGGGGGGGGGGGGGGUGGGGGUGUGUGUGGGGGGGGGGGUGGGGGGGGGGGUUGGGGGGGGUUGUGGUUGUGUUGGGGGGGUUGGUGGGGGUGGUGGGGGGGGGGGGUGGGGGGGGGGGGGGGGGGGGGUGGUUGGUGGUUGUUGGUGUGUUUGUGGUGGUGUUGGGGGGUGUUGUUGGGGUGUGGGGGGGUGGGGUGGGGGGUGGUGUGUGUUUUUGUUGGGGGGUGUUGGGUUGUGUUUUGUUUUGGGGUUGUUUGGUGGGGUUGUUUGGGUGGGGGGGGGGUUUGGUUUAGGGGUUGUGUUUUGUGGUGUGGGGUGGUUGGUGGUGGGUUUGGGGGGGGGUGGGGGGGGGGUGGGUUGGGUGUAGGGGGGGGGGGGUUGGGUGGUGUGGGUGUGGGGGGGGUGGGGGGGGGGGUGGGUUUGGUUGUGGUUGUGGUGGGUGGGUUGGGGGGGGGGUGGGGGGGGUGGGGGGGGGAGUGGUGUUGGGGGGUUGGGUGGGUUGGGGGGGUGGUGUGGUGGGGGGUGUGGGGGGUGUUUUGGGGGGGUUGGGGGGGGUUGUGUGGGUGUUGUGUUGUUGGGGUUGGUUUGGGUGUGUUGUGGGGGUUGUUUUUGGUGGGGGGGGGUUGGUUUUUUUUUAGGGGUGUGGUUUGUGUUUGUGGAAUGGGGUUGGGGUGGUUGUUUGGGGGGAGAAAUGGUAUGGGGUGGAUUUGGAUUUUGGGGUGGGUGGUGUGGGUGGUUGGGUGGGUGGGUGUUGGGGUUGGGGUGGGUUGUGUGGGGGGGUUGUGGGGGGUUUGGGGGGGGUUGUGGGUUAUUGUGUUUUUUGUGUUGGUGUUUGUUGUUGGUGUUUUUUUGUUUUUUUUUGGUUUUUUUUGGGGGGGGGGGGGGGUGUUUGGGUGUUGUGUUGUGGAGGGUGGGGGUUAUUUUGGGGUUUGGGGUUGGGGGAUGGUAUUGGUUGGGGUUGGGGUUGGGGAUGGUGGGGGUGUGGUUUGGGGGUUGGUUGAGGGGUUUGUGUGUUGGGGUUUGUGGUGUUGUGUUUUGUUGGUGGGGGUUUGGGGUUGGGGUGGUGUGUUGGUGGUGUGUGGUGGUUUUUUUGGGGUGGUUUUGUUUAUUUUAGUGUUUGGUUUGUAUUUUGGUUAUUUUGGGGUUGUGGUGGGGGGGUAUGGUUUGUUUGGGAGGGUUGGUGGUUGGGGGUUUAUGGGGGGGUGGGUGGGGGGGUUUUGGGUUGUGUGUGUUGGUGGGGGGGAGUUUGUGUGGGUUGGGGGGGGGUGGAGGGGGGGGUGGGGGGGGGGGGAGGGGGAGGGGGGAGGUGGGGGGAGGGGGGGGAGUGGUUAA